CCCCGCCUCAAAACCGGAAGUCUCGAGAGUCUUCGAAACUAUUAAUCCUGCAUUCCGAACUUGCCAUAUCUACUAAUAAGCUGUCAGUUACAUUACCCAGUGGGCACGGUACGCUGACAUUUAACACGCUGUUUCUGGUAGGCGCAAGUAGGAAGAUGAACAAUGGUUUCUCGGUCGAGCAAAGAAUUUCUCGUCCGCAUUUGUGGCUAUUCAAAACCCAUGUUGAAGGGGAAGUUUCUGCUGUUCACGAACACGGUCAGUGGAGGUGGUAUGCUCGCCGUAGGUGACCUUAUCCAGCAAGUAAGGGAGAGGAGGAGGGAUCCGGACAAGAUGCAGGACUGGUUUCGUACCGGACGCAUGUUUGCUAUUGGCUGCUCCAUGGGACCACUUUUACACUAUUGGUACCUUUUUUUGGACAAAAAGUAUGCAGUCAGGAGCCUGCAAACUGUAGGCAAGAAAGUUUUAAUCGAUCAGCUGGUUGCAUCACCAACCUUGGGAGUGUGGUACUUCUUAGGUAUGGGAAUGAUGGAAGGUCAUACAUUGAGUAACAGCUGGGACGAAUUCAGAGGAAAGUUUUGGGAGUUCUACAAGGCUGAUUGGUGCGUUUGGCCUCCAGCACAGAUGAUCAACUUUUACUUCCUUCCACCAAAGUACCGUGUCCUGUAUGUAAAUACAAUCACUCUGGGAUGGGACACGUACCUGUCUUACCUCAAACAUCGCGAGAAUGUCAAGAAGGAACUCUUGCAAUGAAGGUGUCUAUACCACACUCCACUGAGACGUUUUUUCUGAAUAUGCUGCUUUUUGUUCUCGGAGUCAGAUGUCUUUAUGAAACCCUGUUCUUGUUUAAGAUUUAUUUUUAAACUGUAAUCUCUAAACUUUUCUGUAAACUUUAUUUUAAAUAUAUAGAGCAAGUGUGUAUGGAAAAAUGAACAAAUGUUUCACUUAGAGAUUAUUUAGAAGUUGGUGCUGGUUGAAGGCCACUAAUAAUAUGCUGCCAUUCCACAUUUAG